AUGGCGGCGUCGGUGGCAGCUGCAGCCGGGCGACUUCGGCGGGCCAUUCGAAGGUCGCCGCAAUGGCGGGGCCCCAGCCGUCGGGCGCUCUCAUCCGAGGCACCUCCAAUCCAGGCCGCGGCCGUGCGGGACGCCUUCCUGAGCUUCUUUCGGGACCGCCAUGGCCACCGCCUGGUGCCGUCCGCUUCCGUGAGGCCCCGCGGCGACCCCAGCUUGCUUUUCGUCAACGCGGGCAUGAACCAGUUCAAGCCAAUCUUCCUGGGCACUGUGGAUCCACGAAGCGAGAUGGCAGGCUUCCGACGUGUGGCAAACAGCCAGAAAUGUGUGAGGGCUGGAGGACGCCACAGCGACCUGGAGGAUGUGGGCCGAGACCUUUCCCAUCAUACCUUCUUCGAGAUGCUCGGCAAUUGGGCCUUUCGGGGAGUAUAUUUUAAGGAGGAGGCUUGCAGCAUGGCCUGGGAACUGCUGACUCAGGUCUAUGGGAUCCCUGAGGACAGGCUCUGGGUCUCCUACUUUGGUGGUGACCCCAAGGCUGGGCUGGGCCCGGACCUGGAGAGCAGGGACAUCUGGCUCAACUUAGGGGUGCCUGCCAGCCGCAUGCUCUCCUUUGGACCACAGGAGAACUUCUGGGAGAUGGGGGAUACUGGCCCUUGUGGGCCCUGUACUGAGAUUCACUAUGACCUGGCUGGUGGGGUGGGAGCCCCGCAGCUGGUGGAGCUUUGGAAUCUGGUCUUCAUGCAGCACAACAGAGAGGCAGAUGGAAGCCUGCAGCCCCUGCCCCAACGGCACGUGGACACAGGAAUGGGCCUGGAAAGGCUGCUGGCCGUGUUGCAAGGCAGACGCUCCACCUACGAUACCGACCUCUUUUCCCCAUUGCUCAAUGCCAUACACCAGGGUUGCGGGGCACCCCCUUACUCGGGCCGGGUCGGGGCAGCAGACGAGGGGCACACAGACACAGCGUACCGUGUGGUGGCUGACCACAUCCGCACGCUCAGCAUCUGCAUCGCUGAUGGCGUCUUUCCUGGGAUGUCUGGUGCACCGCUGGUACUUCGUCGGAUCCUCCGUCGAGCCGUGCGGUUCUCUACAGAGUUGUUGCGGGCACCACCUGGCUUCCUGGGCAGCCUGGUGCCUGUAGUGGUGGAGACGCUGGGAGGUGCUUAUCCAGAACUGCAGAGGAACUCAGCCCAGAUAGCCAGCCUGGUGUCAGAGGAUGAGGCGGCCUUCCUGGCCUCCCUGCAGCGGGGUCGGCGGAUCAUCGAGCGGACCCUGAGGCGCCUAGGGCCUUCCGAUGUGUUCCCUGCCGAAGUGGCCUGGUCCUUGUCACUGUCUGGGAACCUGGGGCUCCCCCUGGACCUGGUGGAACUGAUGCUGGAGGAGAAAGGAGUGCAGCUGGACUCUGCUGGACUGGAGCGGCUGGCUCAAGAGGAGGCCCAGCACCGGGCACGGCAGGCCGAGCCAGUUCAGGAGCAGGGAUUGCGGCUUGACGUCCACGCGCUGGGGGAGCUACAGCGCCAAGGGGUGCCCCCAACCGACGACAGCCCCAAGUACAACUACUCCCUGCGACCGAGUGGCAGUUAUGAGUUCGGCACCUGUGAGGCCCAGGUGCUCCAGCUGUAUACAGAGGACGGAACAGCCGUGGCCUCCGUGGGGGAAGGCCAGCGCUGUGGCCUCCUCCUGGACAAAACCAACUUCUACGCCGAACAGGGAGGUCAGGCUUCCGACCGAGGCUACCUGGUGCGGGUGGGAUUGCAGGAUGUGCUGUUCCCAGUGGCCCGGGCCCAGGUCUGCGGAGGCUUCAUCCUGCAUGAGGUGGCGGCCCCUGAGUGCCUAAAGGUGGGGGACCAGGUACAGCUGCACGUGGAUGAGGCCUGGCGUCUGAGCUGCAUGGAGAAGCACACAGCCGUCCACCUACUAAACUGGGCACUGCGGCAGACCCUGGGCCCUGGCACAGAGCAGCGAGGGUCCCAUCUCAAUCCUGAGUGGCUGCGCUUCGACGUGGCCACGCAGGCCCCAUUGACCCCAGAGCAGCUCCGGGCAGUGGAGGGCACUGUGCAGAAGGCCGUGGGGCAGGAUGAGGCCGUGUACAUGGAGGAGGUGGCCCUGGCACGCACUGCCCAUGUCCCUGGCCUGCGCUCUCUGGAUGAGGUGCACUGGGGGAGCCCACGGGGUGGAGGUUGUCUGCCCAGCCCCCCACCCUCCCCUCCCCUCAGGCCCCUUAACAGACCUGUGCCCUGUCACUGUCAGGUAUACCCAGACCCUGUGCGGGUGGUGUCUGUGGGUGUGCCUGUGGCCCAGGCGCUGAACCCAGCCUCCCAGGCUGCACUGCAGACUUCUGUGGAGCUGUGCUGUGGGACGCACCUGCUACGCACAGGGGCUCUAGGGGACCUGGUCAUCAUUGGGGAGCGCCAGCUCGCCAAGGGCACCACCCGCCUGCUGGCCAUCACUGGGGAGCAGGCCCAGCAGGCCCGAGAGGUGGGCCAGAGCCUGGCCCAGGAGGUAGAAGCAGCUGCGGCACGGCUGAGUCAGGGCAGCCAGGAUGUGGUGGAGGCUCAGCGGCUGUCCAAGGACAUGGGACGACUCACUGAUGCCGUGGACACUGCCGUGAUGCCCCAGUGGCAGCGGCGGGAGCUUCAGGCCACACUGAAGGCGCUACGGCGGCGUGCCAACACUGCCGUCCGGAAACUGGAAAUGGGGCAGGCUGCACAGAAAACCCAGGAGCUGCUACAGCGGCACUCGGAGGGGCCCCUGAUUGUGGACACAGUUUACGCUGAGUCCCUCUCAGUGCUGGUGAAGGUGGUCCGGCAGCUGUGUAAGCAGGCGCCCAGCACAUCCGUGCUGCUACUCAGCCCCCAGCCUCUGGGGCAGGUGCUGUGUGCCUGUCAGGUGGCCCAGAGUGCCACGCCGGCCUUCACCGCAGAGGCCUGGGCGCUGGCUGUGUGUAGCCACAUGGGGGGCAAGGCCUGGGGCUCUCGAGUGGUGGCCCAGGGCACUGGAAGCACUGCUGACCUGGACGCUGCCCUCAGUACAGCCCGAGCCUAUGCCCUCAACAAGCUCUGAUCCAGGCUCACUCAGGAACUCACAGAGACUAAAGAGACAACAGACAGGCCAGUGCCUGGAGCCCUGAAGGAGCGAGCAGAACCUCCCCAGAAGCUAAGCAGAGGACUAGAGGCUGGAGGCCAAGCAGCUGAGCCGAAGAGGACUGCCCUGGGCUGGGCUCUGAGUGGACACAAGAAGAUGUAGGCUGGGGAAGGCAGAAGUCGGCCUGGCAAAAGGCCCCCGCUAGUUGAAUGUGAACACGUGGCUGUCCUGUGAUUGUUCAUUAAAAAGUAUUUCACAGAGGAUAGGAAGCUCCAGAAGGUUCUUUCGCCUAAAAAAGAGCAAGCUUUCCCCUCCCAGCAACCUGGAAUGGGUGCCCCAUGACUAGUCUGACCCCUCACACUGGGCUGAAAGGCCACCCGGCAUCCAGAUCAGAGCUCUCCUCAUCGCCACAAGUGCUUGGACAGGCCCUCUAUGCCAGCCUGUUCUGGGCGCCCACAAAGGCCUCCCUGGCCACCAAGAUUCAUUAACUGUCACAUAAAAGUC